AUUCCGAUUCUAGUCUCUUGAUGAACCAAACAGCAUCAAUCGGAAUCCGAUUCCUGUUUGAAUCAAAAGAGAAUAAACCAUUCCGAUUCCGAUUUUAAGAGAUUCUUAUUCCGAUUCCGAUCACGAAUCAAACGGACCCUCCCUUAUAAUUACUCUAAAACAAUAUGUAAACAGUAAUAUUAGAAGUAAAAGGUAAAGAAAACUAUACUCUCUUUUCUUUCUCUUCCUUUUCUUACUUUUCAUCAAUUAGCUAAAUUAUAAGGGUAGUUUUAAAAAUUUUACCCUAAAUGAAAAUGCGCGCAUCGAGUUUUUGUUUUUCCCUCUCCCACUAAAAACCUUCUAUUCUUUUCCGUGUGUUUCCGGUGUUUAAACGCAGGAGACAGAAUUCGGUUUCUCGGUUUCAGAGUAAUUGAGAGAGAGAGAGAGAGAGGGGCAAAGAACCAAGCAUGGGUGGUAAAUGCCCUCACCGGAAAGUGAAGAAGAGAAGGCUUUCUCACAAAUCUGCUCGCCGGACCAAGUUCCUUGUCAAAGGCGAUGAUAUGGUUUAUGAGGAGCUUCGGAAGCCAGAUGGGGAGAAGAAGCCGCUUCCCCUGGAUGAAGAUCUUCCUGGGAUGGGUCAGUACUACUGCUUGCACUGCGAUCGAUAUUUUUCGAAUGUGUCCGUGAGGGACGAGCAUUUCAGAACGAAACGCCACAAGAAACGAGUGAAGCAAAUGAUGGGACCUGCACCCCAUACUCAACUGGAUGCUGAUUUAGCUGCCGGGAUGGGGAUGCCUGACAAUGGGCCAAAGCUGAUGUCUAUGUGAGGAGCCCAAUUUUUUGUUAUAGUUUGAGAUAUCUGAUUCUCUUGUUGAAGAUUCCUUACUAGAUUGAAAUGUUUUGCUUUUAUCCUUCUGCCAAGUUGAAAUCAACAAUAGUAAAACUCAAUAGAGAAAAAGUAGAUUAAGAUGGUCGUAUGCUUAGAAUACCAUUUAUAGCA